AUGGUUCUUGCAGCCGUGGGACAGCUAUGCGCGACAGCAAGCAUAACAUCUAAUCUGGCUCAAUGCCAAAUUCUGGUUCAGAAGGCAGUAGCAGCAGGGGCCAAGGUAUUGUUCCUGCCCGAAGCGUCGGACUAUAUAGCCUCGUCGGCAGAUGAAUCCCUUGCCCUCGCUAAGUCCUCAGACCAAGAUGACUUCGUGUCAGCUCUUCAGAAGGCAGCCAGGUUGGAGAAAAUACAUAUUAAUGUUGGCAUCCAUGAAAUCGCUUCUGAGCAAAGACUCAAGAACUCUUUGAUUUGGAUCAAUGAUAAGGGUGUGAUCACCCAGAAUUAUCAGAAAGUCCACCUGUUUGAUGUUGAUAUUAAAGGUGGUCCAGUCCUCAAAGAGAGCACGAACGUUCAACCGGGAAAACAGAUUCUCCCACCAUUUGAAACCCCUGUAGGGCGUGUCGGUCUAGCAAUCUGUUUUGAUUUGCGCUUUCCCGAGAUCAGUCUUGCGUUGAGGCGCCAGAAAGCCGAUAUCAUUACCUACCCAUCAGCAUUCACAGUGCCCACGGGAAAAGCUCACUGGGAGUCGCUGCUCCGUGCAAGAGCCAUUGAGACCCAGUCUUAUGUCAUUGCCGCGGCACAGGCCGGGCCGCACAAUGAGAAAAGACGAAGUUAUGGCCACUCCAUGAUUGUCAACCCUUGGGGAGAAAUAGUCGCGGAACUAGGGGAUGAUCACGAUGAACCACAAAUCGUUACGGCGGAGAUUGACCUUGAUUUGGUGGCAAAAAUCAGGCAAGAGAUGCCCCUUCUUCGGCGGACCGAUCUCUAUCCUGAGAUCUAA